ACAAUUUUAGUCUAAGAAUGAAAUAUGGAUUUUGCAUAACAGACUUUUUUUUUUUUCUCAAGAUAGAAAAAAUAGCAUACAAAACCAGUUAUUUUAUGUGGUUUUCACUAUAAUGUUUUAGUUUUAUGUAGCAAGUAUAUGAGUUUCUGAUAAUUGAUAAUCUGAAAAAGCGCCAAAUGAUACUAUUUAUUCAUUUAAGAAAUAAAAAAAGGGAAAGACGGUGAUUCAAGCCUCUACGUACGUUAUCGCGCCGCAGUGGGUAAGGAGCCAUUACACUUUCACUUUCAUUCGUGACUCAGUUGUUUGUAAUGCGCCAAUGUACUGGAUGCCCACCGCCCUAAAACAAUAAGAAGAAGAAGAACAAAUAACGUUUUUUUUUUUUUUUUUUAAGAAAACCUGUUGAAAAUGAAGCGUCUCUUUAUUUCGCUCUUAUUAUUCCAUUUGCUCUAUCAGGGUGUUGUUAGUGAGACAGUAUCAGUGAUGGAGGGAGAUACUGUCACGCUACACACUGAUCUCACUGAAAUACACCAAGAUGAUGACAUACUGUGGACAUUUGGAGCUAACAACUCUCUGAUAGCUGAAAUCAGUAGAGAGAAACAAAUCUUCUCCACAUUUAAUGUUUCUGAUGGGAGAUUCGGAGACAGACUGAAGCUGGACAAUCAGACUGGAUCUCUGACCAUCACAAACAUCACAACUCAGCACGCUGGAGACUAUAAACUAGACAUAAUUGGAGUGAAAUGGUCAUCAAAAACAUUGAGAGUUUCUAUCAGUGCUCGUCUGCCUGUUCCUACCAUUACCAGAGACUGUUCUUCAUCAUCAUCAUCAUCUUGUUCAUUGCUGUGUUCAGUGGUGAAUGUGAGUCAUGUGACUCUCUCCUGGUACAAAGGAAACAGUUUAUUGUCCAGCAUCAGUGUGUCUGAUCUCAGCAUCAGUCUCUCUCUACCUCUGGAGGUGGAAUAUCAGGAGAAAAACAGCUACAGCUGUGUGAUCAACAAUACCAUCACAAACCAGACCACACAUCUGAAUAUCACUCAACUCUGUCAGCCAUGUCUAGGUGUGUUUGGUGAGACAGUGUCAGUGAUGGAGGGAGAUUCUGUCACUCUUAACACUGAUCUUACUGAAAUACAUGAAGAUAAUGAGAUAGUGUGGAAAUUUGGAGCUGAAAGCUUUCUCUUAGCUGAAAUAAAUAGAGAGAAACAAAUCUUCUCCACAUAUGAUAAUGUUCCUGAUGAGAGAUUCAGAGACAGACUGAAGCUGGACAAUCAAACUGGAUCUCUGACCAUCACAAACAUCACAACUCAACACGCUGGACUUUAUAAACUGGAGAUAGCUGGUGUGAAAUGGUCAUCAAAAACAUUCAGUGUUUCUGUCUAUGAUCAGGGCCUACCUUUAUUUUGCAUAGUGGUGAUUCCUUCUGCUGCUGGAUCUCUGUUGAUUGUUUCAGUCGUCAUCUGCUGCAUUUGCAGAAAAUGUAGAAAAACAGCUCUGACCAAAGAGGAAGACAGAACUGAUUCAGCAUUGUGUAAACCAGCAAACAAAGAACAUGAAACCAAAGACUGAGGCUGUGUAUGGAAAUGUCCAUAAAAAACACUGAUCAAAUAUUGGAAUUUUUAUCAGAACUUAUACAGGACAAUACUUUACACCUUUUCAUUCACAUUCAUUUUCUUCGGGGAUGUCACUAUUUGUCUGUGUCAUAUCUUUUGCUGUUACUGUGAUGGCUAAAAUCUUUUUUUAAUUAAAUUAUGGAUUUACCAAUAGCAUAUCACCAAUAAACUCAACUAACAUGUUCUUAUUAAGCCUAUCAUCACAUGAAAAUGUUGGUAACGUUCAUUAUUAAAUCUUAAUCACACCUAUGUGCUCCUUAGCUUGACAUUUAAAAUUUUUGUUUUAUUCUUUUAUAUAUAUAUAUAUAUAUAUAUAUAUCUUGAUUACACUGUAUCACACACGUUUGUUCUUUUAUAAAUUUAAUAAAACUUGUGUGGGCGUA